UAGCACCAUGGCAUCCCAACUUCCAUCAACCCAACAGGCCAUCCUGAUCAACGAAAACAAGGCCAAGGUCGCCUCGGCACCAGUUCCCAAACUGAGGCCUACCUACGUCCUAGCCAAGGUCGACUCCAUAGCUCUCAACCCCACCGACUGGAAGCACAUCAAUGGCAAGCGAGCUGCUCCCAACGGUCUCGCUGGCUGCGAUUUCUCUGGAGUCGUAGUCGAGGUCGGCUCCGAAGUGAGCAAAUCACUCAAGCCUGGCGACAGAAUUGCAGCGACUACCCAUGGAGCAAACGCAAGUCAGACCGAGGAUGGCUGCUUUGCUGAAUAUGCUGUUGCCAAAGGAGAUCUGUGCGUCAAGCUCCCAGACAGCUUGUCAUUCGAGAAGGCGGCGACCUUCCCUUUGGGCGCCUCAACGGUUGGCCAGGGCUUGUUCCAGAAAGCGUUGAAGCUGAAUCUUCCCACGAAUCCGACCAAGAAUGGUGAAACUGUCCUGAUCUAUGGCGGCUCUACGGCGACGGGAUCUUUAGCCAUCCAGUAUGCGAAGCUAGCUGGGUACAAGGUCUUGACCACUUGCUCACCGCACAACAACGACUUCGUAAAGUCUCUCGGAGCGGACGGCGUGUACAACUACAAGGAUCCCAGCUGUGGCGAGAACAUCAACAGAGAUACCAAGGAUUCUUUGAAGCUGAUCUGGGACACGGUCUCACUUGAGUCGACCGCGAAGAUCUGCGCAGAGGCCAUCUCGUCCGAUCCGGAAGGCGCUCGCUACGGCUCCAUCCUGCCUGUGAAGUUUAAGGAGGGAGUUUUCACCACCUUCACAUUCAUGUACACGAUUUUCAAUGACCCUUUCACGAAGGCUGGGAGGGAUACGCCUGCUGUGCCAGAAGACUUUGAGUUUGCAAAGAAGUUUUUUGCCAUCACGGAAAAGCUGCUGGCGGAAGGAAAACUGAAGACUCACCCAGAGAAAGUCGGCCCGAAGGGACUGGAGGGAGCUCUCCAGGGCAUGGAGGACAUGAAGAAUGAGAAGGUCAGCGCCAACAAGCUGGUGUACCGUGUGACAGAUACGCCUGCGGACAGCAAGGCUGAAGUGGAAUUGUGA